AUGACCCAUUUACAAGCUGGACUUAGUCCAGAGACUAUAGAGAAAGCUCGCCUGGAACUGAAUGAAAACCCAGACAUUUUGCAUCAGGAUAUCCAGCAAGUCAGGGACAUGAUCAUCACGAGGCCUGACAUUGGGUUUUUACGUACAGAUGAUGCCUUCAUCUUGAGAUUUCUCCGAGCCAGAAAGUUUCACCAAACUGAGGCCUUCAGACUGUUGGCUCAGUACUUCCAGUACCGCCAGUUAAACCUGGAUAUGUUCAAAAACUUCAAGGCUGAUGAUCCAGGAAUCAAACGGGCUCUGACAGAUGGGUUCCCAGGAGUACUGGAAAAUCGCGACCACUGUGGCAGGAAGAUUCUUCUGCUUUUUGCAGCCAACUGGGAUCAGAGUAGGUAA